AUGUUUCCACGCCUCCCACCUUUGCUGAGAGUGUCUCUCAUGAUGGUCCUCACCGUAUGUUUUAGCCUUCUUAUCCUGGACAACAUUCGCCGGUCUGCCAGUGACAGUCCCACCGACAGCAACGACAUUUCCUUUCCUGACAAUGAUCAGGUCCUGCCAGUACGUCAAGCUCAACUCUCCUCCGCCGUAAACGACUCCGUCACAGCAAAGACAACCAAAGACAGUACUGUGUACAAGAAUCCAGUAAACCCGCUGAUGUUUGACUACAUAAUGAACCCAGGUAACACGUGUCGUGGUCUUAACCUGUCUCUAAUAAUUUACGUUCACUCGGCGCCUAAAAAUGUAAAGAAGCGCCAAGCGAUACGUGAAACCUGGGGUGACCAGACAUUGAUGAAAGAGUUCAGGGCAAGGCUGGUGUUUGUACUGGGCGUAGAUGUAGAGUCGAAGAUCAUGAACGCUCUGCGACUAGAAAGCAGUCAGUACUCUGAUAUUGUGCAAGAAAACUACCUGGAUUCCUACAGGAAUUUAACUUUCAAAGCUCUAUCAGCUAUUAAGUGGGUAUCUACAUUUUGCCGAAAUGCAGAGUUUGUGCUCAAAAGCGAUGAUGAUAUUCUAGUGAAUUUGUUUCAGUUAUCCCAUUACAUGGAUGCUAUCAGAAAUAAUCCGUCGACGUCUCAUGGUGUGAUAUUGUGUAAUUUGUGGACCAAAAUGGCAGUUAUGAGAAACAACAAGAGUAAGUGGUAUGUACCUAAAGAUGAAUUUCCUUUGGACUACUUCCCACCAUAUUGUUCCGGGUCAGCUUUUUUAUUUACAUCGGACGUCGUUCAGACUCUUUACAAUGUAUCGUUUGGGACCCCAUUUUUCUGGGUAGACGAUUAUUUUUUAACAGGUCUCCUAAUGCAGAAGACGCACUUCCGGUAUUUGAAAAUGAACCGGAUGUACGCUCUGAAUCCGCAUAAGGUCGUGGACAUCUUUCUCUCAGGGAAAAUUGACAACGUCAUGUUCUCCCAUGUGCAAGGAACAACAAAUAUGUAUUUGUUGUGGCGAGCUAUGUAUAAGCAUUACAGAGGGAAUCAAACAUCAACGUUUAACUGGACAGAAAUACUAAAGAAACAAAAAGAAACUGUUGUAAACACUUAA